AUGGACGUGCCGAGCAUUCCUGAAUUUUUUAAAGACAAACAAAUUUUCAUCACUGGCGGAACGGGUUUCAUUGGCAAAGUUCUAAUCGAAAAACUUCUACGAUCAUGUCCAGAUGUAAAAAGCAUCGUCCUGCUGAUUCGCGAGAAGAAAGGACAAACUGUUUCGGAAAGAGUCGACGAUAUUUUGCAAAAUCCGUUAUUCGAUUUGCUAAGAGAGACUAAUCCUGAGGCAUUGACCAAAGUAUCGGCUGUGGGUGGUGAUGUCACCAGUUUGGGGUUGGGACUAAACGAAAAGGAUAAAAAAAUAGUUUUAAAGUCUAAUGUAGUGUUUCAUGUUGCUGCCAGUGUCAGAUUCGACGAUCCUAUAAAAAAGGCAACCCUCAUGAACACCAGAGGAACUCGAGAAAUGAUGGAACUGAUGUUGCAAAUGCCAAAUCUGGUGGUUGGUGUCCACGUUUCAACCACCUAUUGCAACACCGACAAAAAUGUCAUCGAAGAAAAAGUGUAUAGAGACCACGGAGAUUGGAGGAUUAAAGGAAACAUGAGGAACACCUAUGUUUACACGAAGCAUUUGGCAGAGAAUGUGGUUGAAGAUUAUGCUGAUAGGUUGCCUCUCGUAUUGUACAGACCAGGAAUAGUUGUCUCAAUGUGGAAAGACCCAUUACCAGGCUGGGCGGACAACAUGAAUGGACCGGUUGGUUUAACAAUUGCAAUUGGAAAAGGUCUAUAUUUCUUUGGUCUCCUUCGAAAUUUCAUCGUAGAUGGAGAUGCCAUCGUCGACAAUACACCUGUCGACAUGGUGGUAAAGGCACUUGUAAUCGCCGCAUGGGAGAAGGGAAUAAAACGGAAUGGUGACGACAAGUUGCCCGUGUACAAUUGUUCCAUCAAGGGCUACUACGAAAUAACCCAAACUCAGUUUUACAAGGUCUCCACACUGAUGUUGGCGAAUCACCCUUAUAAUAAUGCAAUUAGAAUUCCUAGAUGCGCUUACACCAAGAUCGAGUUAGUUUUUAAAGUUAUGUUUUUCAUAUACACGCUUCUGCCCGCCCUGUUGAUAGAUACAUAUUACAAAUACACUGGAAAAAGGCAAAUUUUGUGCAAAUUGACAAGAAAAACCUACUUCGCCAUGCUGUCAGUGUCUUAUUUCGUUUCGAAAAACUGGCUUUUUAAAUCCUCAAACUUUACGAAUCUCAACAAGGAAGUUCUACAUAGCGACUGGAAAGAUUUCGUGGUCGAUGGAAGUAAUUUCAACGUUCAGGAUUUUACAAGGAAUGCCAGAAUGGGAAUAUCAAAAUAUAUCUUGAAAGAGGAGAUAGAUCUUCCGAGCGCCAGGGCUCAGUACCAAAAAUUGAAGAUCCUGCACUACUCCGUGAAAUAUUUAUUCUGGGCCUGCCUUUUGUAUUAUGUCAUACUGCCAAAGAUCAACAGUUUUUAG